UGUUUGAUUCGCAUAGUGUGCAUCGGUUGCAUACAUCAAAAUCUCACCAUAAGCAGUACAUCAUCCGAGUAUUUCUCACCAACCGAGAAUUCGGACAUACUACUCCUCUGGCGUACUGCUUUUCACCUACUAAAUGGAGGUGGAGUCAUGGCACCAACUCCCUGUUGAAGACGAUCCUAGUCAGUUUAUGGGACAAACAUCGGGCUUGCUGAAUGCUGAUGGUCUAAAAGGGCUCACGCUUAACUCUGAAGGACAAAUGGCCAUCAUGGGAGACUUAAGCAUGCUGCCAGCAGCUGACAGAUUUGAAUCUUUACAGCUAGAACUGCAGGAUAGCUGUUUAUCUCCUGCACUGACUCUAAUUCCUCAGGGGAAGGCCUUCCUACAUUCAGAGUCUACUCUCCUUCAUCAGACAGAUUUAGAGUUUGUCCCCCUGAGGGGGUCUCCUGAUAUGUCCAUUGCUUCUGAGAGGUGCCCCCAGAUGUCACGCUUAGAUGUGGAUGGAGAAUCCAACCUCCCAAACAGAUCCCAUGAACAGGCGUCACUAUCACAGCAUCAUUUGGGGGUGAUGUCUGCAAUUUUAGAGGAUGCUAGUAGUUGCUGCUCACUAUCACAGCACAGCCUGUCACCUAGUAGCAAUUACCAGGCAACACAGCUUCAUGAUGAGGAACACAGUAGUGGCCUGGAGAACAAUGAUGAACAGCAAGUGGGAGAGAAACAAUUUGAUGCUGAUUUGGACAGAAGAGGGACUGCGUGUGGUUUAAGCAGCGGCGUUCCUGUUCGUUCCUUUCAGAAGGUUCUGGAAACAGAUCUUGGUGUAGGCAGUAGCGGUGUAGUUUGCUCUUCCUCUGAGACUGUUCUCAGUCAGACAGAUGCUGUCCUAAGCUCAAUAAACACCCCCGGGAACCAGAUUAAUCACUCUGGUUUUGCCAAGAAGCAGGAUCCUGCAUGUACCAAUACAAAGGAACCUCAGUUCAGACCAUCUGAGAGUAGAGAGCAGCCACAAGGUGGCUCUUCUUCCUUGUUAUCGCAAAGAAGGACUAUGGGGGGAGGUGGUGUGUCACUUUCCUCUCGUUUAUCUGCUAUCUCAAAUAUUACAAUUCGCUCCACGAGCAAGCAAACAGAUGGCACCACUGACUGUCCCUUCAAGCAGCUUCAGCUCCACAGUGAUUCCUCAUUAUCUGCACCAGGAGGUAGAAAUCAAACUGAGGUCAAAAACGCUCCCAUUGGACAGAAUAUCACUCCGGCCAGUGAAGGUGGUGUAUAUAUGGCAGGGCUACAGAAAGUACUCUGGAGCUCAGGCAGCCAUCAAGCAGCAGAUGGUUCCUUUUUGACCUCUCAGCCUGUGUUUCAGUCCACACCUGCAGUGCUCCUUGGUAGAGGAACACUAGUCCCAGCCAAACUCUCUCCUGUAUAUUCCCAUCAAGGGACCCUGGCCGCAUCAACCCAAAACAGCAGCCCUAAACCAGACGACAUACCAGUAUUAACCCUGAGUACUAGAAGCCAUCAAAGCAUUGCUGGAGUUACCCUUGCCACUUCUUUGGACCCAGGUGAAGCUCGUACAGAGUCACACCUUCAACUUGAGACAACUCCUUGCGAAGUAGCCCCUACCACAAGAUUAGAUGUGCCUGUCGUUGCCUCCGAGGACACACCCCUUGAGCAACCUACCUUAGCCCCACUCCUGCCCACAUCUAACGAACAGCUCAAAGAUCAGGAGCCUAGGCUGUCUGCCGGAAGAGUGCAUUCUCUACCCAGCUUCAAUUAUGUGCAGAAAGUUGAUGCUUGGAAGGCCAAUCAAAAUUCCAAUAGGUCAUUUUAUGACAAUUUGUCUCUGCAUGGAUUACAUGGUGUACCUCCUACGAGGAAACAACAGGACUUUGAGAUGUCUGAGGCAACAAAACAACAAAGUCAACAACAACCUAUCAAGACGUCUUUAGUAUUAAGUGCCAAUAACAGCACACCACCCACUAAGACAGGCAGUGGUGUGGAUGUGGAAGAGACCAGAGGAGCUGUAGGAUCCACCUCACCAUCACCAUUUACUCACUCCCAUUCCCACUCGUCUCUCGGAACAGUCAUCACCCCCAUCCAGCAAGAUGAACUGCAACAAAAUCAAAAUCAGCUUCCACUUGUGUGCGCUGAUGCCAUCUCUCCAGACUUCAAGUCCACUGCAGCUGAAUCAUCACAGUCCUCAAGUGGAACAAAUGACCAGAGGUCAACUGAUGACUCGGGACCCAGUCCUUUAAAGACCCCUGCUGUGCUUAUUGAGGAUCAGUACAGUGGAGUGAACUUAAAUACCAACGUGAGCAACACCGUUUCCAGUUUUAAAGGUGGUUACCAUGUUGACCAGAGUUUUCAGGCGUCAUUUGGUGCCUCCUCUGUUGUAAGUCUUGAAGUGGACAAUUAUGCACCUUAUUGGACGUCCAUACCUGGAUCCCCUCCACGUCCCCCUGAGUUUAACAUCGAAGACAGAAUUCCUCUCUACCUUCACAAUUUGGGGAUUGAUCAGUCACCUUCAACAAUCUUAAAUCCCUUUACACACCGUGGACCCACCAGAGAGCCUGAAUUUUCACCUACUGAUUUGUGUACCAUUAAAGGCUCAGUAGGAACACCCACCAAGAGCAUACAACCAUCUGAUGGGGACAGUCUUCAGAAGGAGACCUUCUCAAGUUCCAGUGUGCUCUCUGCAGAUUCCAGUGCCUCUUUAACACAGUUAUUUAUUCAAAAGUCCUUUCAGCAGCCAGCUAGACAAGCUAGUUUAGGCAGUAUAAGAAUGGCACACUUCCAGACAGACCCUUCACCUGAGCCCCAUUCUUUGUCACACAGUGCUCCUCAAGGAGCUGACACUUCUCAUCGAGAGGGCAGUUACGGCCUGCCAGCUCAGGUGAACCUGCAGUCUGCACCUGCCCCUGGGACCUGGGAGGGUGUUAAAGAAGGGGACUCCUCUCUGGUGGGUUCUGGAACCCUGCAGGAGAUCAGGCGUUUGCUUGGUCAUGCAGAAAGUCUUGUUUCUGGUCAUUUCUCUAUGGCCUCCUCCCCUGGCUCUCACUGUUACUCUGAGAACAAUGCAUCCUUUUUGGCACUCAGGCAGAACAAACAAGCAUAUCAUGAUGACUCCUUUUUGUCAGUUGAUGGAAAGAUUUCUUUGGUACUAGCUCGCUCUUCCUCAGACUCUGCCUUGAAGGAGAGCUCCUCAUCCUCAUCUGGGCUUCUAGAGCUGUCCACAAAGUCUGAUCACAUGAGCAAAGCGUCUUCUGCACCCUCGCAGGGCAGGGAGGAAAAUCCAAAGUCGCGUGACUUUCGUGUGGCUCCAAGGAGAGCAGAGCCUGAGGGAUGCAGUGCAGCAGACCCAGACAGGGUAGGCCCUGUGAGCUUGUCGAUCAUACAGGGAAACUCUUCCUCAACAUCAGAUGGCCAGCUGCAAAGCCAGGACCAUACAGAGAAUGCUGGCAUCAGUUCAUCUGAGAUAAGUCCUGCCCACAGUCAAAGAGAGGCAGAAAUGGAUGUUUUAAGUGAUGCCAGCAGUGAGCAUUCGCUGGCUUCUAGGGUUGCUAAGCUUCUGCAGAGCGAGUCAUCUGUCUCUGUGGUUACCAGCCGGUCAAGUACUGCUGAUCCCGACGAGAGCCGGGCUAGAGAGUGGAUCAUGAUGAAGGUGUCUGGUGGCAAGUGUGAAGCCUUAGAACUUAAUGCCGAGGACAGAAGGAGAAUCGAGGAGAUAAAAAGAGAACUGCUGCUACGCACUAAACACACCAAGUUGAGCUCCGAUUCAGAAAGCAGUUCCCAGUCCAGUGUUGGCACUGUCCCCCAGCCUGCUGUAAGCUUUGCAGCAGUGCGCAGUGCAGAAGACCGUCUCUCUGAGCAGCUGCAGAGAGUCAGUCGGAUUCCACUCGAGUCCAGUGUUGCACUGCACACACCACUGGAGGAUGAAGUAAGUCAGAUUGCCAUCAAGGAGGAGCGUAACCCUCAGCACACACCCUCCCCUCAGUCAGCGAGUCAGUGCCUGCAUGCAGACAAUGACAUUGCUCUACGAAGCAACUUGAACACAACCCUAAGGUCAUCUGAGGAAUGGAAAUUACAGGCUCAAGUGACAAAUAGAGCAACAAAGAAUGAAGGGGAGAAGGGGACCGUGGGAAAGGAAAAAGAGCUUCGAGGUGAAAAUGAACACCCAGAAAGUGAGCAAAAUGAUCCAUUACCAAUCCCAGAGGCAACUCACACUGUCAUCAGAGGAAAACGAGAGUUCCCUCCAGGCUUGGAGUCGGGUUCAGCCCUUGGUCAUAAACCUCACUUGUCCAACAGCCACCUCACACCUUCAGUGAAAUUACAGCAAAAUGCCACCCAGAGACCUCACACUCCUGCCAGCGAUUCCUGCAGUUACCCAGAGCUGCGGACUACAUCACACACACAUCACUCAGACAGUCCGAACACCUUGAGAGAAGUCCGCCUCCCAGUCUACAGAACCAGUGAAGAACAGCGAGUCUCCGUAUCCAAUGAGACCAGCUUAAGUAAAAACAGAAAUACAGACCAGGCUCAGAACACAGGAACGGCUAGUGGAUAUGCACAGAUGACCUCCAGAUUCACUCAAGCCUUUACUCCUUACCAAAGACUGGCUAGUCCAAGUAGACCUUUAUUAGUUAAUACAGCUGCUAUUCCAACUUUAUUGCCGUAUAAACCUCACGGCAGCUCCGAGCUCUUCUAUAUGCCACAGACUGUUCCUGAGCUCUCCCCUAAUCACUCCGAUACCACAGUGGAGAGCUCCCAUCCAGGAUCUGAUGACGCUGUGCCUCCUAAAUUUACGCCUGAGGUUUUGGGAUCCAGAGAGCUUGUGGACAGCAAGGUUACACCAAAACAUGAGGAGGGCAUUUACAGCAAGAGGGCCAAAAUGAAAAGAGAAUCCACUCUGUCUCGAAAAAGCUUUCAUGACCAAAGAGGCAAAACUGGUCCUCGCUAUCAGCUUACUGGUUUGAGUAAGUCUGUUGUCCCUGAGAAUGAGCAGGUGGCUGAGCAAGUUGAGGAGGGGGAAGCAUUUAUCCCACUGCACAUGGUGGUUGACAACAGCACAACUGAACUACAUCCUAUCCACAGUGUACAAAAGCAUAACUUGGGAAGAGUUACUCUGCCUUUACUUACUAAGGCCAUUAGGGAGAAGGAGCAGGACAUGAAGGCUCAAGACCUUGGUGCAGAGAUUGGCAGCUCUCUGGACCAAUUGUGGCGUCGUUUCAAUGAGCGAUGCAGCCUUCAGGAAACUCGAACCCCUAACGACAUAGAAAUGUCACUGCUGGAGAGACUGGAACGUCUGUCCCGCCUCCUACACAGCUCCUCCCCACCACACACACCUAAACCGGCACACAGUAGAGAGGAGAAAGGUAAGAGUAGGAAGAGAGAACACGAGGCAAGGAGAACGCAGGGAACAGACACAACCAAAAAGGGAAAAGAGAAAGAGAGAAGUGAAGUGAGGGGUGUUCCAAAAACAGCAUGGGAAAAGGAGUCCUUAAGUACCGAGCAGACAUUAGCACAGCAGAAGCAGCAAGAAAAAGAUUAUCGCUGUCCUGCAGAAAGAGACGAGUCUGCCAGCAUUUCUGUGGAGACGAGCAGCAGCCAGUCUACCAUUGACACACAGCGCUUGAUCAGAGCUUUUGGACCACAUAGAGUUAGCAGUGGGAGAGAAGGAGCAGCCGGAAGUCAGACGCUAAAGCCCAAUGAUGGCCUUCUGAAACUUUAUAACACCAUUAAGAAGCAGAAAAGAGGACAUUGCAAAGGUAGCACUGAAAACCACCUUGUUUCUGUCGCCACGGAGAUAAGCAACACAGAUGAGUCCACGGAAUCAGAAACAUUAUCAUCCUCAAGCACUUAUACACUAUCCUCCCAAAGAGGCACUGGAUGCGCCACUAGUUUUAAGAGGGCAAAGGUCAAACUAGUCAGCAGAAGCAUACAAGCAGGUGAUUUGGAGAUUGUGGUAAACGGCACCCGCCGAGACACACGGGAUGUCGGCACUACCUUCCCUUCUCCAGGUAGUGCCAGAGUCAGCAGGGCAUCUUCAGCAGCCCGCAGUGAGGUAAAGUCCAGUACGUCCGCCCUCACGACUUCCAGUGCUGCUCCUGUUCAAUCCCAGCCGGUGCUCAGGAGACAGGUCCUCAACAAACAAACCUGCUACCCAAAUGGUUUGUCAUGGUUUGUUUCUGCUGAUGAACUGAAGUGGGAUGCAUGGAAGGAGAAUAAGCCCCACACAGAUGCAGGGCAGUCUGAAGGCCAAGCCUGGUUCGAGCCCUACACCAGGACGCAGCCAUGGAGAGAGCCGUUUAGAGAACGACACAUUCAAGUGGAAAGAGAGAAGCCCUCUGAACAAAAAACGCAUUUGGAGAAUGAUUGCGGUAGCAAACCCUCUGCCCUGGUCCGUCUCUCACUGCAGGAGGCGCUAGAGUUACAUCGACCAGAGUUUGUUUCCCGUUCCCGGGAGCGGAUGAAAAGACUGUGCCUGCUGGUUGAGGAGAGAAAGAUACAAGCCGUUUUCAACAAAGAAAGAGAGGAGCUUUUCAAUCGUCGUUCAGCCGAGCAGCAGCCAAAAGCAGCUCCAGCUCCUCCAUCUCUUCCCUCUAAGCGAGUUAUUCCCAGAAGUGAGAGGAUCCAGAGAUCCAAGCGGAUCUAUGCUCAGCUACCAGAGGUUCAGAAGAGGAAGGAGGAAGAAAGGAGGAAAGCAGAGUACCACACUUACCGCCUUAAUGCUCAGCUAUUUAAUAAGAAAAUCACCAACCACGUGCUGGGAAGAAGAACGCCUUGGCAGUAGUUUAAAGAAAUAUCGACCCAAACCGUUAUACUACAGAGGUGAUUUCAAGCUGAAAUUCUUUCUGUGUGUUGAUUUGAGUGUAGAAGACAGGUGGUGGUUGUGUCGAGUGUGUGAUCAAAUCAAUAGAGCAGCUCUUUCCAGAUGUGAUGUAGUAACCAAAUUAUUUAUCUUGAUAUUUAAUUUCUCUUAAUAUUUUAAUAAUGUUUUAUAAAUAUUUUUAUAUUAACUAUGAAUGGUGUCCAGUGCCAUAAUUAAAAAAAAAUGUUUUUAUCAGUGUUUUCUUUCAAAUAAAGAAGACUUUUUCAUA